GGUGUGUAAUUUUUUUUGAAUUUUUCAAAAUUUUACAAGAUGUGUCUUAAAUAAUUAAAAUAUACACGUUCAUAAAAAAAUAAAAAAAAAUAAAACUAUUUUUUUUUUCUAAAUACUAAUAUAAAUAAAAAGGAUCAAUGUAUCAGUGCAUAAUUAAUUAAUAUGGUAGAGUAACAUCUUUUGUUCUGAUUAUUUAAAGAAUCUAAACAUUGUUGUAUAUAUAUAUACUUUUGUACUUCAUGUGCAUAUCAUGGGUAUAUGUUGGUCAAUGAUAAUAAAUUAUUUAAGAAAGACUUGAAGAAGGCUGUGAUCUAUGUUUGCCUAUAUUAUAAAUAGUAUAAGAUCUAAUCAAACAAAUCACACACAUUAAUCCUUAAUGGUUCAUUAAUCAUCCACUAAUUAAAAAACAGAAGAAAGAAAAUGGCUCAAGGGAACUAUUAUUGCUCAUAUCCGAUUAAUAUAGGUAAGGCUUCUACUCCAUAUAUUUUCAGUAGUACUCUUAUAACAUUAUAUAUUUAUAUAUUAGUUAAAGAAAUAUCCUCAAAUAUAUUAUAUUCCAAUUAUUUUCAAUGAAAUAUUGUUAAUUGUAAAAAAGGUGUAUAGAUUCAUGUCAAUUAAAUUUGUGUCGGUUUAAUUCAUAUAUAUGCUAUUCAUCAUUAUCUUUAUAUAUUCAUUAAGAUUUUUAUUAUUAUUAUUAUUAUUAUUAUUAUUAUUAUUUUGCUAAUAUUAUUGAGACUGAAUUAGUUUAGUUAAAUAAAAUUUACAGUUAAAAAAAUAUAUUUUAACUUUUAUUUAUUAUUUGAUGGUGUGUUAACAUAAUUAAUUAUUAUAUAAUUAUUAAUUAUUAAAUAUAUAUAAAUAUAUAGAUACAGAUAAGGAGAAGGGAGGAAGCAUCGGUUUCUUCUCGGCAUACCGACCGCCAGUGCCAUUAGACAUAUAUUCAUCCCCACAGUUUCCUCUGUCAUCAUGUGAAAGGGAGAUUUUUAUGACUGAUAGGAAUCACUACAAUUACAAUGGCCAAGCCAUUCCAUCAAUUGCUCUUAAAAAAAUUCUCACUCGCCCUAAAUUAGCUUGUCAAGGCUUUAAUGCGGCUGACGUUGACUCAGGUCGUCUUUCGGGCAUGAUUUUUGUGUCUGAACGCGACCAUCUUGAAAAGCUUUACAUAGCUUUUCGCUUCAAUGAUAGAGUUAAAAUCUUUUGUUUCGCUGAUGUAUAUGGCACAUUUGAUGGUGUUCGUAUGGAGGAUAGAGGAUGCGUUGCUGGUGAUUAUCUUGUUUAUGUUACUACUAAGGAUGAUCCUGGUAAACGUCGUCAACCAUGGACUGCUGUCUACAAAACUCAUCUUAUCACUGCCCAAACUAGACGCCUUACCCCAUUAGGACAAGCUGACUUAAGUCCUUCAGUAUCACCCUCUGGAAUGAGUAUAGCAGUGGCAUCAUUCGAGAAUAAAGGUGGAUGGGAUGGUGAGAUUGAAGAUCUAAAGACAGACAUUAUUGUUAUGAAUGUAGAAGAGCCUUGUUGUCGCAGAGUAGUUAUAAAUAAUGGAGGUUGGCCGAGUUGGGGAAGUGACUUUGUCAUAUUUUUUCAUCGUAAGGUUGGAAAAUAUUGGGGUGUGUUCAGAACUGACCUUAGUAGAGGAGAAUGCAUUCGUGUCACCCCUGAGUACACGAAUGCAAUGACUCCCGCGGCUAUUAAUGCGACCACUGUGGCCGUUGCAGUUAUUCGUGGAGAUCAUCGACACAUUGUAGUUUUUGACUCUACUCAAAGAAUGCAACCCAAUCAAAUCACUUUGUACAUAGCACCAGAGGCUGACCAUUUUAACCCUUUUGUCAUUGAUGGUGGAAAACGCAUUGGUUAUCAUCGUGCUAAGACAAACUUUCUACAGGGUGGAAAUCAUGAUAUUGAAGAAAAUUUCAAGGUGUUGGAUUCUCCAUGUCCAGAUGUAGGAUUGUUUAGGGUUUCAGGAGUGUUUCCAACCUUUUCCAAAGAUGGAUCUAAGCUUGCAUUCGUCGAUAAUGAUUUCAAGAAUCUAUAUUUAGCGGAUAAUCAAGGAUUGCAUAAAAUUUAUACGGCAACAAAUAAUAUUAGCAUUUUCGGACCAGUUUGGAACCAAGAUCCCGGAAAAGAUACAUUGUAUUUCUGCAUGGGAGAACCUUUCAACCCUAAAGCAGCCGUAGCCAUUUGUGCCAUGCAACAUGUUCGAAAAUAUAACCAAAAUAUCAGACAACUUACUGCAUGCGGCACUAAUAAUGCUUUUCCAUCAUCCAAUCCACAAGGUAGUAAUUUCUUUUUAUCUAAUUCAUCAUAUUCGUUUUGGCACUUGGAUAAAUUAUAG